AUCUCACGAAUACGACAGCACGCCUCUUUUUCCUUCUCUUCGCUCGAGUGCCGACAGGUGCCUCAACUUUCAUACCAGAGGUGAAGCAGCACAGGCCUGACACACGACUAUGUGCAAGCACAUCCUCAACGCCCAGGUCACGAUCCGGGCACCGUGCUGCCAGCGGUUCUUCGACUGUCCGCAGUGUCACGCCGAGUCAGCCGAUCACCCGCUGGGCAAGACGACCGAGAUGGCGUUUCUGUGUAAGAAGUGCAAACGCGCCUUUCGCAAAGAUCUGACUGUCUUUGAGGACGGCGACGAAUACUGCCCACAUUGCGACAACCAUUAUGUGAUUGAGGCAAAGACGCCGGCGCCCAUGUUGGGAAUCGAGGGAGAGGAUGCUCGGGUCGAUAAUCGCAUGCUCAAAGACGAUCGAAUGCGAUAUGACCCCCGACGCGAUUGGCAGGCACGAGACCAGGCAGCCCAGGAGUCAGACCGCGUCGACCAAGGGGGCUGGCAAAAGGCUCUCCAAGAGCGGGACAGUGCACUUGUUCCGACCGACGCACGAAAUGCAGACGGGGAAAAGAUCAUGGACCUCGUUGACGAGGAUCUCGACUGGAGCUAAUGCUAGACGGGGAUCUAUUGCUGUAAUAUAUUAUCACGAGGCUAGCAGGUCAGAAGCCGAACGAGUCCAUGCUGAACUCUUGAGCGCCCUGCUGUUG